GUGCUGGGCUUCCUGGGGCGGCCCGAGCUUACGGUUGGGGAGCUCUUAACGGUCCUCCUAGCUCUGGCACGACUACACGACAACGUAGCUUCUUCUGCCGUACGAACCGACACCACUGCUGCACAACCAACCGCCGCUGCCGUACCAACUGCCGCCAUCGGGCAGCGCAUGCCGACGGCGCUAGCAACUGCCGUACAACUCGUCGAUGCGGCGGCGCCGCUAAUGCGCACGCGCGCCCUCACGCAAGCGCUAACGGCGCUAGCGGCGGCCGGUACGGCAGCGCCGCCGUCAGUGCUUGCACGCGCGCAGCAGCUGCACGACGAAUUGUACGGCAAAGCUAGUAAGCCUAGCGCUGGCGGUACGACAGCGUUGGCGCCAGGGGUUCGCGACAUGCUAGCGCUGUGUGCGUUGGUGGGUCGGGUGCUGACGUGGCAGCCGGCGGCGGUGGCGGCGGUGGGGUUGCAUGAGGACUUUGUGCGGCGUUGCCGUACUGCUGCUAUGGACGCGGUGUCUUCAAAGAAGGGGUAGAAGUAGCAGGGUUUUGCUGCAGCAGGUCGGCGACAUGCAUGAUGUCGUACGCAACGGCCAUAAGUCCGCUACGUACCUGUCGUAUAUCUCUACUUCACAUGUGGAGGUGGAUGGCAGCUUGGCAGGAUUGGAUGUACGAUUGGAGGUUGGAUUGGAGGUGGAGGGUGGAGGGACAGCACGACCACUUGGUAACGUGGGGAAGAUGCGCAAGGUUGCGUGGCUUGCUGGUUAAGAUUGGAUGGUGACCGGCUUGGCUGGUUUGUCUUUGCAGCAACCGUCGCAGCAUUUGGUUUAGAAUUGUCUGUAUUGUAGCAAGGUGCAGCAGUGGGAGGGCACUGAGGCGGGAAAAGGAAAGGAGGCUGCAUGGCGCAGGAUGGGGUGGGGGUUGGGAACUCGAAUUACGCGUAUGCGGGGAAAGGGUUAGUCGUUAGUGGGAGGGAUGCAGUGGAAGGGUUGUUUGCUUUCACACAUAGGUAACUGCAUCGUACAGCUAACAAUCGGGCCCCCAAGUGAUGGGUAGCAGGAGAGAAAGGUGCCGCUCUUUAAGGUGGUGGUGAAGGGUAGGCGUCGCCUCAUGGCACACCGUGCUGGGCUCAUGUAGAUAACGCUAAUAGUGCACUUACACCGUAACAUGUGCUAGUUGUGCGCUAACGGUAUUUGUGUACGGCAGUAAAGGGAUCGUGCGAUAAUAAGUGAGGGCUUAAGCGCAUUGUAUACGCGUACAGAAGCCCUCCAACCCUAUUCGUGCGCUGCACAUGUGUAAGGCCGGUAAAGGACUCCC